CAUGCAAUACACGUGGGAGCACGGAGAGGAGGAAGAGGGCGAGGACGAGGAGGUGCAGGUGGCCGCCUACACCAACAACAACUACCAGGCGGUGAAUAACUCGAUGCUCGUCACCGGUAGCUACGCCGUGAGGGACCCCGGCGUCCACGUCGUCAUCGUGGAGCACGUCGACGACAUCCGCGACUGCAACAGCGACGAGAUCUUCGUGGACUGUGAGGUGGCCAAGUGA